AUGCCUGGCAAGCUGAAGUAUAACCCGGACACCGACAUCCCAGACCUAACGGGAAAGUCCAUCUUCAUCACAGGAGGAACCGGUGGCCUCGGCGCCGAAUCCGCCCUCCACCUCGCAAAACACAACCCCUCACACAUCUACCUCAGCGGGCGCAAUGCCAAAAACGGCGAGAAAAUCAUCCAAGCCAUCAAAGACAGCGGCUCAACGACCUCCGUCUCCUUCGUAUCAUGCGAUCUCUCGUCGCUGCGCGACGUCAAAGAAGCAUCCGAGAAAUUCCUCGCCACCACACCCCGCCUCGACAUCCUCAUAUGCAACGCAGGCAUCAUGGCCCUCGCACCGGGGCGCACGGUGGACGGGUACGAAGUACAAUUCGGCACGAACCAUCUCGGGCACGCGCUGCUGAUCCGCAAACUCCUCCCGCUGCUUGAAACAACAGCCCUCGAAUCUGGGGGCGACGCGCGUAUUGUCCUGCUCACAUCGGAAGGCCACGCCUUGCACCCGGGCAAGGGGAUCGACUUCGAGUCGGUGCGCACGGAACAGGAAUUUGCCUUCGGCGGGCCGUGGAGACGGUAUGGACAGAGCAAGCUGGCGAAUCUGCUUUAUGCGCGGCAGCUGGCGGGGCGAUACCCCGGUAUCACGUCUGUGUCGGUUCACCCGGGCGUGGUGGCGACGGGGCUGACGGGUAAUCUGGCGCUGAAGGAUAAGCUUCUUGUUCAUGCGACGACUCUUCUUGCCCCGUGGAUGGUUUUGGGGCUGCAGGAGGGUGCAUAUAAUCAGGUUUGGGCGGCGACGGCGGAGAAGGGGAGCAUUGUUAAUGGGGAGUACUAUUUGCCGGUUGGGAAGAACGCGCAGAAGCGGCUUGGGGGGAAGGCGAGGGAUGAGAAGUUGGCAGAGAGGUUGUGGGAUUGGACGGAGGAGGUGCUGAAAGCAUUUUGA